CCCCAACGUCUUCUCCUUCUUCUUAAAAGACAGUUUCACAAUUUUUCCUCCAUUCUCAUAUCUCUCAAAGUUUUAAUCUUUCUUCUUCCUCUCCGUAAAUCUCCGUCACCCUUUUUGCCCUAAUCUUCUAGGGUUCUUCUCGUUUUAUGUAUCUGUGUCUGUUUAUCAUCUUCGAGUUUCUUCAAACGUUGAUCGAAUCAUGUCUGGGAUCUUCAGAAUUAGUGGUGAUGAUGAGUUUUUCACUGGAGGAGGAUCAUCCAUGCAUCUAUCGCCGGGGAGCUGUCCCGGCGUAUACCUCCCAGCACGCAAGAGACUACGCGUUGCCUCUGCUGCUGCGACGUCGUUUUACAGUUCCUUCGAGGAGAAGCAAACUUCGAUCCAAGUGUUGCCUGACGAGUGUUUGUUCGAGAUCCUCAGGCGCUUGCCUUCUUCAGGGCGAGAGAGGAGCGCGUGCGCUUGCGUCUCCAAGCACUGGCUUAGCGUUCUGAGCAGCAUCGCUAGGAACGAGUCUGUUGAGGAGGUGGAGAGUGAAGGGUUCUUGUCGAGGAGCUUGGAAGGGAACAAGGCGACGGAUCUGAGGCUGGCUGCUAUCUCUGUCGGGACGUCUGCUCGCGGCGGGUUGGGGAAGCUUCAGAUCCGUGGGAGUGGGUUUGAGAGUAAAGUCACAGACGCUGGACUUGGAGCUGUUGCUAGAGGCUGUGCCUCUCUUAAGGUUCUGUCUCUGUGGAAUCUGCCUGCUGUUAGUGAUGUUGGUGUCUCUGAGAUCGCGAGGUCGUGUCCUCUGAUCGAAAAGCUUGACCUUUCGCGGUGUCCUGGGAUAACCGACAAGGGCUUGGUUGCGAUCGCCGAGAAUUGUAAGAAUCUAAGCGAGCUCACGAUUGAUUCGUGCUCUGGCGUUGGCAACGAGGGGUUGAGGGCGGUUGCGAGAGGGUGUGGUAAUCUGAGAUCUAUCUCUAUCAAGAGCUGUCCACGUAUUGGAGAUCAAGGAGUUUCUUUCCUCUUGGCGCAAGCCGGUUCUUACUUGACGAAGGUGAAGCUUCAGAUGGUGAAUGUGACGGGUCUCUCUCUUGCAGUUCUUGGACACUACGGAUCGGGGGUUACUGAUCUUGUCCUUCAUGGUCUUCAAGGUGUGAAUGAGAAAGGGUUUUGGGUUAUGGGAAACGCCAAAGGGAUGAAGAAACUGAAGUCUCUCUCGGUGACGUCGUGCAGAGGGAUGACUGAUGUUGGGCUCGAAGCUGUUGGAAACGGUUGCCCUGAUCUGAAGCAUGUAUGUCUCAACAAAUGCUUGCUUGUUUCUGGGAAAGGACUCGUCGCUUUGGCUAAAUCUGCUUCCUCGUUGGAAAGUUUGAAACUUGAGGAAUGCCACAGGGUCAACCAGUUCGGUUUCUUGGGGUUUCUCAUGAACUGUGGCUCAACGAUGAAGUCUUUCUCUAUGGCAAACUGUUUAGGAAUCUCAGAGGCUCCUCUGCCAUCAUCAACCAGCUGCAGCUCCUUGCGUUCGCUGUCUAUUCGUCACUGCCCUGGCUUUGGAGAUGCGAGUCUCUCCUUCUUAGGAAAGCUCUGUCACCAGCUUCAAGACAUCGAACUCUGCGGAUUGAACGGAGUGACUGAUGCAGGCGUCUUCGAGUUGGUUCAGAGCAACAGUGUCGGUCUAGUGAAGGUGAAUCUGAGCGGAUGCAUCAAUGUCUCAGACAACGCAGUCUCUGCAAUCUCCGUCUGCCACGGACGCACGUUGGAGUCUCUUAACGUUGACGGCUGCAAGAACAUCACCGAUGCAAGCCUUGUGGCGGUUGCCAAGAACUGUUACUCAGUUAACGACCUAGACGUUUCAAACACUUUGGUCUCGGAUCAGGGGGUCAAGGCUUUGGCGUCUUCUCCUAACCACCUGAAUCUUCAGGUUCUUUCGGUUGGCGGCUGCUCGGCGAUCACGGAUAAAAGCAAGGCGUGUAUACAGAAACUCGGCCGCACGCUUUUGGGGUUGAACAUACAAAGAUGCGGUAGAAUCAGCAGCAGCACUGUGGAUAACCUUCUGGAACAUCUAUGGAGGUGCGAUAUACUUUAUUAAAUAAGUAGUAAGUCGAAGUCGUCUUGUAGCUUUUGGUCGCUAAGCCCCAUAGAUCUCACUUAGGACUCAGUUUCUUUCCUAGGAAGCAGCAGCUGUUUUUUUCAAAUUUUUAGCAGGUGCGAGCCUGUUUCUACAGUUGUUGUUGUUCUUAAGAACAUGUCACUGAGUUCUGGUGAUCUAGUUAGGGUUUGGUCUUGGCCUUUUUUGGAGUUGUUGUCUCUUUAUGUUUAGUGUUCUUGUGGGGAGUUCUUGUUAUCUGGUUUUAGGUAUGUGGUAGUGCCUUUCAUCUUUCCUCGUGUAGAGCUUUUGGCAAUGACGGUGUAACUUCUUAGUCGCCAUUUACAACUCUUUGGAGUUGUUUUUUAUGUGUUGUCUUCUGCCAAAAUCUCUGUUUUUCCACUUUUUUGUUUUUGUUUUAAGGCACUAUCUGUACUGAUUAUCAUUGUAUAAAGCUUCCCUGAACAUACUAUCCUUUGUAAUAUAAACAUGAUCCUUGGAUCAUUUUGUUGUUGAUUACAAAAAUUAAAUGUC